UUCUCGUCGCAGAUGUAUGCACGACUGACGACGACGAGCUGCGGCGCGCGCACGCAGACUCGCGUGCACGCGCAGCCCGAGGAUCGCGCGCCGAGCCGAGCGCGUCACGCACAAGCACGCACGCAGCAGACUGAAGAGCAGCCAGCAGCCCCGCGCGCAAGUUCCGUGUACAAGAGACGCCCGAGGUCCGCCAUGGGAGGAAAACUGAGCAAGAAGAAGAAGGGCUACAACGUCAACGACGACAAGACCAAAGAGGCAGCAGAGGGGGCGGCCCCCGACAAGGACAUCAAAGACGAGACCGCCGCCCCCGCGGACGCCAACGACACGGCGCCCGCCAAGGAGGUGCCGCCCGCCGCCGCCAAGGAGCCAGAAAAGGAGGCCAACGCCGAGCCCGCCGAGGCCCAGGAGACUGCGGCCGCGCCCCCCAAGGAGACCCCGGCGGCCCCCGCUGUCAAAGAUGAGGCCGACGCCAAAAAGACUGAGGCCCCCAAAGCUGAGGAGGAGCCCAAAGCCGCGGAGGCCCCCAAGGAUGCGCCCAAGGAUGGCCCCAAGGAUACCCCCAACUCGACGGCAGCCCCGGAAGCUCCGCCCAAAGACGCCACCGUCGACGCACCCAAUAAGGAUCCGAGCAAAGAUCAAAGCGCCGCCGCCGCCCCUCAAGCUUGAUUGGUGGACGCCCACGAGAAAGCCACGCCCACUUCGGACAAUAACAACGAGAAUUGAGGACGACCACCGACAACCCGCUGGAGCGACACCCGUCCCCGCCGACCCCAACUUGCAAAAUGAAUAUUGUUCUGAUGAACUUUGACCCCUGACCCCACGCCCGCCUGUCAUCUCACGCCAUCACAUGAUCGCCUUGGUCACGCCCCCACGCAAAACUUUCUUAAAAUUCUUCCGAAAUUGUCAAAUAUUUCUGAAAUAGUCAAAUAGUAGAUUUUGUACUAAAAAAAAACCAAAAAACAAUUUGUAACAUUUCUACGCUGGUUUGAAACAUGAUCUUUAGUACUUUACUCAACUCUGAUCUGCUUACAGUCUGAUUCUGGUCUGAUGUUAAUCUGGUUUUGGGCUAGUUCUGAUCUAGGUUGAGUCUAGUCCUUCUGUGGUGUAGCCUGGUACUAGACUUGUUCUGGUCUGGGACUAGUAUGGUUCAGAGUUGGUUCUAAGAUGGUACUAUAGCCUGGUUCUGGUCCCAGUCUAGUACUAGUUAAGUUCUAGUCUGGUACUAUGUAGUACUACUCUGCUACUGACCUGGGACUAGUCUGGAAGUAGUCUGUUUCUAAAUAGGUCAUGGUCUGGUACUGGUCUGUUUCUAAUCUGGUCCUGGUUUCCUACUACUGUAGUUUGGCUCCAAUCUAGUCCUGAUCUGAUCUGCUAUCUGUUUCUAAAUUAGUUAUGGUCUAGUUUUAGUCAAGUUCUGGACUGUUUUUAGUCUGGUGCUGGUCUUGGACCAGUCUGGUUCUGAAUUGGUUCUGAUUUGGUACUGGUCUGGGUCUUGUCUAUUUCUGGUCUAGUUCUAAAUUGGUUCUGCGAUGGUACUAGUCUGAUUCUGGUCUGGUUCUAGACUAAUGCUGGUCUACUUCUUUUCUGAUUCUAAUCUAGUUCUGUCUACUUUGGGUCUGGUUCCGGUCUGAGUCUAAUUUGGUUUUAGACUGGUUGUAGUCUGGGACUAGUGUGGUUCUAAUUUGGUUCUGGUCUGGUUCUAGUCCAGUUCUGGUCUGUUCUAAAUUAGUUCUGAACUGGUACUAGGGUGGGUUGAUCUGGUUCUAGUCUGGUUAUGGUCUGGUUCUAAAUUGGUUCUGAUCUGGCCCUAGCCUAAUUCCAGUCAAAUUCUGGUCAGGUUCUAGUCUGGUUCCGGUCUGGGACCAGUGUGGAAGUAGUCUGGUUCAAAGGUGGUCCUCAUCUGGUAGUACUGUAGUUAAAUUCUAGUUUAGUUGUGGUCUGCAUGGGACUAAUCUGGUUGUGAAGUUUGUUUUGGUCUGGUUCUACUCUGGACCUGGUGCACAAAGAAGAGAGCAGACAUCAGAACUGGGACUUCUCUCAAGGCCCUGGACCCCAAAUUAAAAGAUGAAAAGUCCAAGUGGAGAAGUUGUCAAAGUACAAAUUGACGUAACGGCCAAAAGUUGGGAGCGAUGAGCAAUGAUAAUGUCGUGCGAACGGCCUGACUGAUCUUCAGUCAGCGCACUGCAGCUCGUUUCUACGGCAACCGUCCUUCUGCAACUCCUCAUCCGUCACGGCUUCACCUCAUACAACCCCCACGUGCGCACGCGUGUGCGUGCGGUCGAAGGUUUCGGGAUACUUGACGUCCCAAAACCUUUGACCGUACGUGCGCACGCAUGUGCACGUGACAUCCACGCACAUACGUGUUGUCGCGUUGCGUGUUCUGGCCCUCCUUCGCAUGUGCGUGCCGGUCCCGUCUUUCGGGGAAAGCUGGCGUGCGUGUCCAUGGCAACCGUGUGUCUCCAUCCCGGCCGGCGGCGCUCGCUCCAGGUCCCGAAAAAAUACAGAAAAGACGAAGAAGAAGAAAUUGAAGUUUCAAAGUUGUAUGUUUACUUGUUAAAAUGGUGCAACAGUCGUAAUAAAAAAAGUACCAAAUUGA